CACACACACACACACACACACACUGGAGAAGGAGGAGGAGGUCGAGAGAAUUGGAUAUAUGUGACUUUACGUUAGCAGGGUUUUCUCUCUUAAAUGCUCCACAGCCCCCCUAACACUGAGGAAGAGACAAGCUUUGGGAUUGGGCAGCGACCAGAUAUCGUAACACCCCCCCUCACCCCUCUCCUCCUCCUCCUCCUCCUCCUCCUCCUCCUCUCUGUUGAGAAUUGCGUUAAAACGAAAAGAGGAAAAAGGCCUGCGCUUUACCUAAAUCACAGGAUUUUUUUUUUUAUUCCCCCCCCCUUUUUUUUAUAGAUUAAACGAGGAAGCGUUGCUGGUUGGUGUAUGUGUUUAGAAUGGGACACGCUGAAGGUCCAGUCAAAGAAAAAGACAGUUAAGGAUGCAGGAGCCCAACAAUGGAUUUCUCCUUCUCUUUCAUGCAAGGGAUCAUGGGAAAUACAAUUCAGCAACCCCCUCAGCUCAUUGACUCAGCCAACAUCAGACAGGAAGGCACCUGUGACACCGGCAGUGACCCGGGCGAGGAUGGUGGACCCUCCUACGAUGCUGCCCUGGAUGAGUUUUCCUACCCGUCGUCGGCCCCAGAGGACAUGUCACAGGUCUCCAACGGUUAUCCGCCGGGGCUGGGCAUGUACGAGCCGCAGGCCAAGUUCUCCAUGUACUCCCAGUUCCCCAACGGCUCGGCUAACGGCUACGGGGCGAUACGGAGCUAUGCAGAGCACGGCCUCCUGCCAGGGGAGGCGACGGUCCUGAGAGGGCCGGGUCUCCAGGAGAGACCUUUGUCCCCCGUGUCCCCCCCUUUGCCAACACAUCACCCACAUCUCCUACACCAUCAUCACCUACCCCAUCACCACCACCAUGCGCACCACUUCCACUCCAACCCACCUCACAUACAAACCCACUCCCACCCGCAGAGUCCCCCUCCGCCCCCGCUGCCCCCCCAGCACCACCUCGCCCAGACGCCUCAUAUCAUGACCCACACGCUCCCCCCUCCUCCUCUGCACCUCCCUUCCUCCAGUCCUCCCCCCUCCCUUGUGGACAGUACCCCUUCCUCUCAGCCCUCCCACGCGCCGUCCAUCACCCCUGGUGGGGUCCUGAAGAAAACCAGCUCCCCAGAGAUCAAGCUGAAGAUCAUAAAGACGUAUCAGAACGGAAAGGAGCUGUUUGAAUCUGCUCUGUGUGGAGACCUGCUGCAAGAACUGCAGAAGAACGAUGACGCGCCGAUGCAGCCCAGACAUGAGAGGAAGAAGGAGAAGAGGAAAAAGAGUGCGCGGCUGCAGCUGCAGGUCCAGGAACAGAAUCUGGACCAGAGCCAACCACAGACAGGUACCACGGAGCAGACAGAGGACAUUCACAUCCAGCCCCAGCCGACGGAAACAACCCCAGUUCAGACAGAGAAGCCUCAGAAGACCAUCAUCAAAACAGAGCCAAAGACGCCCAAGGUUCCCAAGGUCCAUCAUCCAUCAGUGAUCCAGGAGACGGGCUUCUGUAAGGAGUUUGUGAUAGGAGAUCUGGUGUGGUCCAAGGUCGGCACAUACCCCUGGUGGCCCUGCAUGGUCUCAUCGGACCCGCAGAUGAAGGUCCACACUCGCAUCAACACCAGAGGUCACAGGGAGUAUCAUGUCCAGUUCUUUGGCAGUGUGGCUGAGCGCGCCUGGAUCCAUGAGAAGAGGAUCGUCGUGUACCAGGGGAAGAAACAGUUUGAUGAUCUUCAGGCUGAGACACUUCGCAAGACCUCGAACCCUGUGGAGAAAAGCAAACUUCUGAAGCCUAUCCCUCAGAGAGAGCGCUCUCAGUGGGAGGUGGGAGUGGGCCAUGCCGAGGACGCCUUUGUAAUGACAAAGCAGGAGAGAAUCGACAACUACACCUUCAUCUAUGUCGACCCGGAGCCGGCUGAAGCCCCGCCUAGCAAGAAACCCAACAUCAGAGCGGAGAAACGAAACCGCCGCUCCAGUGGCUCAUUCAGCAAGAAGGAAGACAGAGGAGUGAAGUCGCCUGAAAGAGAGCAGCCGCCACGCAGGCAGCUACCACGCCGACUGUGCAGCAUGUCCAACACAGAGGACAAUGCACACUCCCAAGCCUCGAACGAAGACCAGAACCAGAAGGGGGACCAACUAAAGACUUGCUCUCCAAAACAAAACUCCGGUGGUGAGGCUCGAACACGCCAGGACUCACCGCCUCCAGUCAGAGCCUGGAAAACAGCGGCUGCCAGAAAGCUGCUACCUCUCUCCAUCACCAUGAAGAGGCUGAACGUGGAGAUCACAAAGUGUGACUGGCCUCUCUUGCAGAAAAAAGCUGCGACGUCUCCAAAAAAAGACAAAGAGGAGGAGGAAGAAGAAGAGGAAGAAGAAGAGGAAGAAGAAGAAGAAGAGGAGGAGGAGGAGGAAGAGAAGGAGGAGGAGCAAGUGGAGCAAGAGGCCAGGCAGCCCGACCUGGGAUACUGCUCGCCUGAGGACAGAGCUAAACCUGAGCCCAGUCCUGAGGAGGAGGAGGAAGAUGGGGAUGAGGGAGAGGAAGACGGGGACGAAAGGAGAGGCUCCCCCGCCAGUCGCAGGAGUGAGGAGGGAGGAAUGCAGCAGACCUCCUCUCCUGGAUCACACCACAGUAGUCCUCACAGUUCUCAGGAGAGGAAGCUGCAGCGGCGAUCAGUCAGGAGCAGGUCUGAGUCAGAGAGAGGAUCAGAUCCCGUCCCCAAGAAGAAAACCAAAAAAGAACAGGCUGAGAUGGCUCCUGAGACCAUGCUCCUGAGGACGGGUUCACAGAAAGGGGCCAGUGAGAUCUCAGACGCCUGCAAGCCUCUGAAGAAGCGAAGCAGAGCUUCAACAGAUGUGGAGAUGGCUUCUUCUCAGUAUAGAGACACCUCCGAUUCAGACUCGAGAGGCCUCAAUGACCCACAGGGUUUGUUCGGGAAGAGUCUUGAUAGUCCGGCGGCGGCAGACGCAGAUGCUUCAGACACUCAGUCUGUGGACUCGGGUUUGUCCCGUAAGGACAGCAGCACCGGCAAAAGAGACACCGUCUGCCAGAUCUGCGAGACGUACGGGGACGGUUUGGUGGUGUGUGAAGGUGAAUGCAGCCGACAGUUUCACCUGGAUUGUCUCGGUCUCUCGUCCCUACCUGAAGGCAGAUACGUCUGUUUGGAAUGUAGAAAUGGCAAUCAUCCUUGUUUUAGCUGUAAGACUUCGGGCCGGGAGGUGACACGAUGCUCUGUCUCUGGAUGUGGUUGCUUCUACCACGAAGACUGUGUUCAGAAACUCCCAGGAACCACCAGCAGUCAGGGUGGAGGCUUCUGCUGCCCUCAGCACAGCUGCUCUACCUGCUGCCUGGAGAGAGACCUACAACGAGCCAGUAAAGGCCGUCUGAUGCGCUGUAUCCGCUGUCCGGUGGCCUAUCACACAGGAGACGGCUGCGUGGCUGCAGGCAGCGUCGCCCUCACCCAUCACAUCAUGAUCUGCAGCAACCACGGCAGCACCAAGAAGAACGGCCUCCUCAGCUCCCCCGUCAACGUGGGCUGGUGCUUCCUGUGUGCCCGAGGGCUGUUAGUGCAAGACCUUACUGACACCAUAUUAAGUUCAUAUGCCUAUAAGUCCCACUACCUUCUGACUGAGUCAAAUCGUGCUGAGUUGAAAUUACCUAUGAUUCCCUCUCCUUCGUCAGCUACCAAAAAGAAUGUUGGGAAAGGAGGCAAGUUGCUGUGCUGCGACUCAUGCCCGGCGUCCUUCCACCCGGAGUGUCUGGAGAUUGAGAUGCCGGAGGGGGCGUGGUCCUGCAGUGAUUGCAGGGCAGGGAAGAAGCCUCACUACAAACAGAUUGUCUGGGUCAAACUGGGCAACUACAGGUGGUGGCCGGCUGAAAUCUGCAACCCUCGCUUGGUGCCGUCAAACAUCCAGAGCCUUCGCCAUGACGUUGGUGACUUCCCCGUCUUUUUCUUCGGCUCCCACGACUACUACUGGAUCAACCAGGGCCGCGUCUUCCCCUACGUGGAGAACGAUAAAAACUUUGUCACGGGUCAGAUCAACAUCAACAAAACCUUCAAGAAAGCUCUGGAAGAAGCAGCACGGCGGUUUCAGGAGCUCAAGGCGCAGAGGGAGAGUAGGGAGGCUUUAGAGCAGGAGCGCAACUCUCGAAAACCUCCACCCUACAAAUUCAUAAAGUCUAAUAAACCAGUGGGCAAAGUCCAAGUGCACAUAGCCGACUUGUCAGAAAUCUCACGAUGCAACUGCAGACCCACAGAUGAUCAUCCUUGCAGUCUCCACUCCCAAUGUUUGAACCGCAUGCUGCAGUAUGAGUGUCAUCCACAGGUGUGUCCUGCAGGAGACAACUGUGAGAACCAGUGUUUCUCCAAGCGGCUGUAUGCAGAGACGGAGGUGGUAAAGACAGACGGCCGGGGCUGGGGCCUCAGGACCAACCAGGCUCUCAGGAAAGGUGACUUUGUGACAGAGUACGUGGGAGAGGUGAUCGACUCGGAGGAGUGCCAGCAGCGAAUCAAACGUGCCCAUGAAAAUCACUUGACCAACUUCUACAUGCUCACCCUCACCAAGGAUCGUGUGAUCGACGCCGGCCCAAAAGGAAACUCUUCUCGGUUUAUGAACCACAGCUGCAGCCCAAACUGUGAAACGCAGAAAUGGACGGUGAACGGAGAUGUUCGCAUCGGACUCUUCGCCCUCUGUGAUAUCGAGGCCGACACAGAGCUGACAUUCAACUACAACCUGCACUGUGUGGGAAACAGGAGAGCGUCCUGCAACUGUGGCUCAGACAACUGCUCGGGGUUCCUCGGGGUGCAGCCAACGAGCGCUGUGGUGAUGGAGAAAGAGGAGAAGGCGAGGAAUGCCAAGCUGAAGCCGAAGAAGCGGAAGCUGCGACUGGAGGGCAAACACACACAUGAGUACUUCUGUUUUUGGUGUGGAGAGGGAGGGGAGCUGGUGAUGUGUGACAGGAAGGACUGUCCUAAAGCGUAUCACCUGCUGUGUCUCAACCUCACCAAGCCGCCAUAUGGACGUUGGGAGUGUCCUUGGCAUGACUGCAGCGUUUGCGGCUCCCCGGCCUCGUCCCUCUGUGACUUCUGCCCUCGCUCGUUCUGCCAGGAUCACGAGACGGGGGCCCUCACCUCCUCCUCCCUUGAAGGACGCCCCUGCUGCUCCAGUCACAACCCUGCCGAUCCCCUGGGCUCUGAGUGCGGCCCUGAGCCCGGCUCGACCCAGCGGCGCCGCUCCGCUCUGAGCCCCGUCAGGGUGAAAGAGGAGCCCGAGCAAGUGAUGCCGGACACAGAGUGACGCGGCAGCUCCCUCAAUACCUCAUUCCCUGUAAAGUGUACGUCUAUUGGUCUCCUCGCCACCAAUCCACCUCUGAUCUGAAGCAGUUCACUUAAAAAAAGGGAAGACAGUGCUUUUUACCGAUGUGAUGGCCCAGUUCAGAGAGGAGACAAUGAACACCUCAGUGCUGUUUGUGGUGCGGGCAGAGCGAUGGAGUGUCUGCAGGAGAAAAAAAAAAAGUGUCCAGGCUUCAGUGUGCGCCAUCCUCCCUCCUCUUCUUACCAUAAAACACCACUAAUGGUCUCUACAGCUCUCUAAAGCCCAGACACCCACGCCAUCAUGUUUCCUUUUUGUAUUUUUUACAGCGGUGGAAAUUUUAAGUGUUGUCACAUUGUCAUUAACUGGCACUUUUGAAGAACUCAACGAGUGAGAGUGGAGAGAAGAGGAGGCAGGGGAGAUUCUGAACCUCUACACCACCGCGCUGCUCCUCUGCGUGUUUACCUGCUGUAUGCUGUGAUCGGCAUCUCACACACACACACACACACACACACACACACACACACACACACACACACACACACACACACACACACACACACGAUGGCUGUAUGGAGAGGAUUCAACUAUUAUUCCUCCUCCACAGCAGAUCUUCACUCCUGACGUGGUCUGUCAUUGUAUUCAUCUCUUCUUCUUUGACAAAAGGAAGCUGGAGGAAAUGACCGGUUUAGUGCAAUUUUUUUCAGGACCACACUACAUUCCAAUCUUCCUUAGACAUGGUUUCACAUACUUAUGGGUAUAGAUGAAUAUAAUUAUAUACAGUAUCUAUGUUUGUUAAUGUUUACAGACAGAUUCUCUCACUUCAUCUUGGUGAGUGGUGUAUUAUGUUUGUUUGUUUAGGUGUUUAAACAUUACACAGACCUCCUUGUGAAAAUAGUCCUAUUAAGGUGAAAUAUAAUGGUAUAUAGUGUAAUGGUAUGACAUUACAGAAGUACUUGUGACUUUCAUAUUGCCAGUCUCACUCGCCAUUGUGUACAUAAUUGGCUCAUGAUAUUGUAAAGUACUUAAAGAUCAGGAGGGACGAAGAAGGAAAAAACACUUUUUUAAACCAGAAACUGAUCCUUUUUUUAUUUGAAUCUCUCCGUCGUUUUGAUUUCCUCUGAGCAGUUUCUGUUGUUUGUAUGGUAGACGAGGAGCUCAGCUUGUAAUCACUGGUGCUGUCUUUAAGUAUUGUUUAUCAGCCUUCUGUUCAGUUCUGUCUGUAGGAGAUGCUGCACCCAUGCAGUCUGUUUUCAGUUACUUCCUGUACUGUGACCGCUUUCAGGCUUGUUUUUGAUUUUGUGAUUUUUUUUUUUAACUCCAUAUUUUUUUUUUUUUUUUUUUUGAUUGCCAAACUUUUCUGAAAAAGCACUUUUACACAGCUUGUCGCUACACAACUUAGCUAGGUCAUACAUUUACAAAAAUGUAUAGUAAAAGAACAUAAGACAAGUGUUUCAAAUGGAUACCUCUUCUCGUAGUAACGUCGGGAUUUAAACUGUGUUGUAACUUUUUUUCCUCAAGGUCAGAAACGUUGCUGGGCGUGGUUGGAUGUUUUUUUUGGGGGGUUUUUUUUCUGAGGAAGUGGCCUAAAAUGCUGGGGUGUUUUUAUUUUUCUUAUUUUAUGUUUUUGGGCACAAGAUGGAUAGACUGCCAGCCUGGCUUCAAACAAAGACUCCUGGAAAGGGGCUUCUUCAUUUCCCACCUGAAGAACAUGCUAAAGGCUGGGCUUUUAUAUAAAGACGUAAUGGUGUAACAACAGUCCUGUUCAGUAUAAUGUAUAAUAUUCAAACUUCUGUACAGUGUUUUUAAAUCUCUCAUCUGUCAAAUCUGAAUUUUUUCUAUUUAUAGCACCACAUUUUAUACCUGUUACUUUCUCAAACACCAGUGCAGUCAUUUUUCUUCCCCUCCACCACGGUGUAAGUGAAAUAGACUAUUAAAAACAUGGGGAGUAUUACAUUAGGCUAUAUAUAUAUAUAUCUGUAUUUAGUCAUUGCAUACGUUUUGUUUCUAUACAUUUGGUGUAAUGAUUCCACAUUUGGUGACAGCCGCUGCUCUUCGCCCUGUAUCGUGACUCACAGUAAUCGGUGUUAAAAGCGGUGUGAAGCAGUUAAAUAUAGGAAUGUCAAGAUUCAGUUUCUUCUACUUUUUUUUUUAUACCCUGCACUCAAGUGAACAUAACAGGAGGACGGUUAUCUGUUAGUCAUGCCACAGCCUUUUGCUCAGUCACAUUAAUAUUUCUCCUUUAGUGGUUUCUGCCCCUGUUUUUUUUUUUUUUUUUAAAAGCUACCAUAGUGAUGUGUUAAAAGUCAAGCCCCAGACUGAAACAGUGCCAAUAUUUCCAAACAAGUCUUUAUAUGUGCAAGGUUUUUUUUUUUUUUAAGUGCAUUGACUUUUACAUGAAGCUGCUAAUGUAUUUUGUCCACCUGGCUGAAACGGAUGUAGUCUAACACAACAGUCCUGUUGGAAACCUUCUAGACUCCUACAAAAUCCAGACUUCAUUUUAAUUGGUGUUGAUGUUACCAGACCCAGGCUUUUUUUUAGUGGAUGUAGGUUGUGGUGUUUUUAAAUUGUUUACCUUCUUUAUAUCACUGAAGGAGGGUUAAUAACACAACACUUCACUGUAACACAUCGGGACAGUCGAGCCUGAACCUUCAAAUCCCCUCUUUUAAACUGUUCAUGUAAAAAAUGAAACGUAUUACCUAUGUGACUGUGGAAUUGUUGGGAGGACUGUCGUAUUUACCAGCAUUACUUUUAAUUGAAGGCGUCUCUAAACUGGCAGCUUUAGGGUAAAUAGUAUGGAAUAAAAGACUAUAAAGAAAUGCAAACAGAAGGGGAGCCAGUGAAUCCUGGAAAAGUGACAGAUUCCAGCUUUCAUUAGGAGGACAUCUUGAGCUGGAAUGGUUAUUUACUCCUCUGAAAAGUUCUAAACAAAUCUAAGAAAAGUUGGAUAUUAUACAUUUCUGGACACAAGAUAUCUUCUGCUUCCCUCAACACUCCAUUCUAGUUUUUUUUGACUUUUAAUAUCACAUUUGUGUAGAUGACUCUGAUUUAAGGUGAGCACAGAGAAACUUCUCUUUUUAGGGAUAUGGUUCACUCAUUUUAUUUGAACUUGUACUCUAAUUGUCGGCACACACAUCCUUUUGCACAGUGAAGGUCGAACAUUUUGGGAAAGUAGAAUUUGAUUUGGACUUGAGGGGUGUGUUGAUUUUACAAACAAUGCACAGAAACAGGAUGCAAUGCUUUCAUUUUUAUCAAAUGUUCUCACUUUUCUACAUUACUCAUUAUUAUGUCAUGGAUUCUGACCUUUGACCUCCUACAUUUGCCAAACUGUUUGUAUUCAGAGAUGCUCCCCCCCUCAGUAGUCAGUCAUGGGCUUGGGACACUUUCGUACUUGUUCAGUAUCAGGGUAGGUGCAUCAUUUCGGCACUUUUACUUAUUUGUCCUUUACAAACUCAAAGAGUCAAACUUCAGGACUCCUUGACUUUUGUUCUUUUGUGAAAAAGAAAUUCAGACUGAUUUUUUUUUUAACUUAACGACUCUUCUGAAAGUAUUUUUCUUUCACUUUGAGGUGGCUGAAAUGCAUGCUUCCAACAUCAGACACUGAUUUUGUUGGAGAGUCUUAAACAGCCUGAUUUAAUGCCGAUGUUUGUUUUUAUUUGUGUUCCUUUUACUUUUUGUUUACCAUGUUGCAUAGAGAUUGUGUAUAACAGCCUUUAUUUUCUUGGUUUGCACCUGCAGAUCGCAUGAUCAUGCAUCACCUUGUGCCAGUCUGUCCUCUUCUGCCCUUGUCAGCAGCAGUAUUACAUAGUUUGACUGUCCCAGCUUGCAUCAUUUCCUUCACUUAAAAAAAUCUGAUGUGUUUGUUAGUUUGUCACGAUAGUUCCCACAUUUGUUUUCUUUUAGAGACAGCAUGUUUGUUCUCAUUUGAGUGACCAUCAAUCCGUUGAGAAGGGUUUUUUUUCUAAGUGUACAGGAAUUUGCUGAUUAUUCAUAUUUUUUGUACACACUUAAAAUUUAGGAUGGACCACGACCUCCCUUUGUUUGUACAAGAGUAUGUUUCAUUUUUCACUGUGACGUCUUUUGGUUUUUGUGCAAUGUUGCCGACUGUCGUUACGUUUUCAAGUUGACAUGCUGUCAAAGGAGAAAUAGUGUUGAAAUAAAUAAUGAAAUUCA